UCGGGGUGCCUUUUUGAAAUAUAACCCCCUCUCUUUUUUAUGGCCUCUCCAGCAGUUGUAGGGUUAAUGUUUAGCUGCAACCGUUGGAGGAGGGAGAGACACUCAGAGGAGAGGUGGUGGGGCUGGCCCACAGCUGUUGUAGUAGGCUGGGUCUGUUGGGGUAGGAUGCCUGCCUCACACUCCCUUGAACAAUGGGAGGACAUGGAGGCCACUGCAGACGGCAUAGAUAGUUUCCUUGCACUUACCUAAGGACAGGCACUGUACUUACAGAAUAACGUGAGGAGGAUUUCCCAAGGGGAAUGUUAAAAAAUUGCAAAGGGCUGCUUUGUGGCGUUUGCGGAUCCGGCUCCCGUGUCUCACAUUUGCCUUGCAUGGGCUGCACUGAAACGUCUGGGAUGCUCUGACUGGAAUUAAAGGUAGAGACGAUGUCGGAAGAGGCCCAAAAUAGAGUAGAUGAGGACUUUGAGUCUGAGGAGGGUGAUCUGGAGUCCUAUCUUGAGGAAGAGAGUAGCAGUGAGCUUCUGGAGCGAGUGAGAGAGCUUCAAGCCGAGAACUCUGCCCUUUCAUUAGCAAACGAGAGUCAAAGAGAAGCAUAUGAACGAUGCUUGGACGAGGUCGCCAACCAUGUUGUCCAAGCUUUACUCAAUCAAAAGGAUCUCAGAGAGGAAUGCAUUAAGCUGAAAAUGCGUGUGUUUGAUUUGGAGAGGCAGAACAGAACACUGUGUGAGCUCCUGCAGGAGAAACUGCACAGUCAAUCAUGUGUACAUCAGCAGCAACCAGCACCCUGUCUGGAGCACAUCGGCGAGCUGCAGCACGGUGAACCUAGCAAACUGAUUGAGGCUCAGAGGAAUGCACAGGCCAAGGGAAACAGCGAAUGUGCACAAAAUUGCAUACCAGAGACCCAAGGCUCAUCCACGUCCAUGGAGGCCAUGUCCCCAUUCUUGAAGAAGAAAGCACACAUUUUGGAGGUCCUCCGCAAGCUUGAAGAAACCGAUCCACUUCGGUACCAUCGUUCCUCUGGCAUUCCCUCGAUCUGUGACUGUAGCCAGGCUCUUGCCUCUAAUGAGGCUGUAUUAGCCUGCAGAGACAGUUCAUCCAGGUGCAAUGCACCCAAAGCACAUUGUUCCCAUUCCUGUCCAGAUGUUUGCACACAUCAGCAUUUAAAUGGAGGAGAGCACAGCAAUGUAAAAUGUGGUAGUUGUAGCACAUGCCUGAUGCUGUCCAAUAAAGAUUCAGUCAGCUUAGUCAAGAGUAGCCACAAUUGUUGCACUUCAGGCCCCAUUACCAUCGAUAACCUCAAUUUGGCUCGGCCUGAUUUCCAAGAGAACAUGGAAAUGCAGAGCCUUGUGAAGCCUGCCACAGGUACAAGUGAACUGUUUAUAAAUAGGACAUCUGGAGAUAUGUCCAUUCUUUCAGCAGAGCAAGGUCUUAACCCUCCGAAUGAUCCCCACUCAUUAGAAGUCCCUGAAUCAUACUCAAGACUGACCAUUUCAGAAAGAGAUCAGCCCAGAGGAUCCGAUCACGUGUUGGUAGAAACAAGAGACAAGAAUAGGUUAUCUGACCUUCUGCUUGAAUCUCAAUCCAACAGGUCAAGCGGCAGCACCUGCAAUGAGACGAUUUGUGAUGAUAGCACAAUUGAUGUGGCGCUACUGGACUCGGACUUGAAGCACUUAAAUGCUGUAGCGCCACAAAGACUUGAGAAGGAAGAGUUUGCAACAAAAGAAGAUGCUGACUGUGUCUGUCGAGCCAACAUAGCCACCUCAAAGCUGCCUACUCUUGGACUCAAAGAAAAUGAACCAGUCCACAAAGGUCUGUUAUUUUCUCCUAAUGAGAAUCAUACUGCCUCAAAAGUACUGGAUGAUAUCUCCGUCCCUGUGAAAGACACCCCAUCCGAUCCUCAGUCCAUUAGAUCGAAAGUUGUGGUCAGCCCGAAUCAAGUUUCCUGCCUUAGAGAGGUCAAGGCCUCACCCUCCAAACUGCUCAAGUUCCUUAAGAUACCCACUCUUGGAGAACGUACUGCAGUACCUGCUCCACCUCGUCUCAGUCCUCAGUUGACUCGUAGCUCGAAGAUUCCUUGCCGGAGCAACAACUAUGAGGUGCACAAUUCACCUGUAGCACCGCGAAAAGCCACCACGACAGAGAGGCAAAGACAGCUGCCCCCUUCUAAAUCGGAGUCACAUUCUGCUCCAACUUCUCCACCCCAGCCUGAUGAUGUCCCUGCACCAUUGCCAAAGGACCUUGGCUGUGGUAUCCCUAAAACAACUCGUGUAGCCAAGCCUACACAAAGUUCUCAUGUUCAAAAGACCCCUCAGAAAAUUCCACACUACGAAAAUGUCUCUGACAUCUCCAAAACGUGCAGCACCGACGUAUCCCAGUUGCUUGGAGAAGUGAGCUCAUCUCUUCAAAAUUCCAGCCCGGCUAAUGAAGGUGCGAAAGGAAAGCAGACAAAGUUUGGUAUAGAGCGACCAACGAAUCUCAAGCAGAAGGAAAUCUCACCAGAGUCUGAUUCUUCAGACCAAGAGGACAGCUCAGGUAGCCCGGUGUGGCAUAAGCAAGUCAAUCAUCGCAGUCUGCCUAGUCAGUCGUCAUCCCAGAAGGUUCAGAGUGGGAUUAGCACGAGGUCCAGGAGCCAAGAGAAAAAUGAAAUGGUAGAUAAUGAUUCACAAAUCUCUGAAUCACCUUUUAAAAGGAACGAUCCACCGCCUGUUCCUAAGAAAUCAGGGAUUGGUAGACAUUCAGGUGAAUCAAGUCAUUCUUUUAAAGAACGACUAGCUGCACUUGGCAAGUUGAGGAACCCAGAUGAGUCCACAACUUGUCCUCCACUUGCAGAGAAGAAAGAAAUUCAGUCCGCUGCAAGCAUAUCAACACGAACCACUGAUAAAAGCAAAAUUGCUGACAGAAACUCUGAUUGUAAGUCAGGAGAAUAUAGACUUCCUAAAAAUACAGAUUCCAUUGAGGAUAAAUCAUACCAUUCAGGUCAUCUUGAUGGUGCUGUUUCAAAACAACCAGCCUUUCAGCAUGUUGAGCAAGCUGUCAGGUCUCUUCCCUCUAGCACGUUAGUCUCCAAACUUGAACAUGAAUCCUCUAGAACAUUCUUAGCAAAGCAGGAGAGCCCAAAAUCUAAGAUGCAUCCACCAUCUACUAACUUAGAGGUUGCGCAGGCUUUGCGGAGUUAUGCUAAGAGUACGACACCUCAUAGCCUUUCAUAUAAUGGAAAAAAUGUUGCUGGUCCCCAUAGUGGCAGCCCCAAUAAAAUCCCCCUCAAAUCACCAACUAAAACUGUGCCACCCUUGAUGAACCGAGAUGGGAAACCUACUCAAGAGUUUCAGAGGUACAUGUCCAAAUCUGAGGACAGGAGCCAUCUCAGGGCCAAUAAGAAGAAGAAUUCUUCCUAUGGAGAGAGUCUUCCUCCUCCACCACCAAGGCCAGUAGAGUCUGCUGAAGAAAAAAGGCACUCUGCUCCCAGUCCACAGUCCUCUAUCGAGCAGAAGGUCAUGAAGGGCAUUGAGGAAAAUAUGCUGAAACUGCAAGAGCAAGAUAAAGGGCAAACGGCUGAGGUCAAGCAAAAGGCUUCCAAUGGAAUUGCCAACUGGUUUGGUCUGAGAAAAAGCAAGCUUCCGGCUCUUAGCCGUAAACCAGAAACGUCAAAAGUGAAGGAUGACAAGAGAGAAUGGAAACUCAAUAUAUCCUCAGUGGGCAAGGAUUCCAAGGGGGCUGCGAGGAAAACUGAGAGCGAGAGCCUAAACAUUUCCAUGCUGAUUGAGAAGGCAGAGGGCUUGCAUAAAGCUCUUGAAGAAGAACGGGCUUAUAUGAAUGGAGUGGCCUUGGACCGACAAGGAAAGGGACAUUCCUGUGAGGUGGUGAUGGACCAAUCCCAAGGCCAGCUGUCUGUGAUGUACAGAGGAGUGCCAUCUGACAACUUCAUGCAGCAACUGCUAAACCGGGUUGAUGGGAAGGACACUGGUGGCAUCAGUAUGGCACAUCGACGCCUCUCGUUUGACUGUAAAUCCAGACCUGUAUUCAGUCACCAGAGCGCUGGCAUUGCUGGUCAGACAAGAAGCAGUGAUGACAUGGAAAAGGUUUCUGCGUUACUGAGUAAAGAUGUCACGUCAGAUGAGAACCUGGCUGAGACGAUUCAUCAUGAACACUUUGCAGGAUCUGGAAUCUCCACACACACCCUUGAUAGUGGCAUUGGCACCUUCCCUCUUCCUGACUAUAGUGCAAAUGCUGGGUGCAAAAGCAUUCCCAAAGGGAAGGCCCAUGGGGAGAGUGACCCUUCUCAUCUCCAGGGAAAACAUGGCUCAGGGAUGAAAAUGUCCCACAAGGCCUGGACUUUGGAAAGAGAGCUGUCAUCUUUAGAAGAGGAUUAUAUGGGGGGUCAGGAUAUGGAUCAUCACACCAGCACUUUGGAAAACAAGAUUCCAUCCAGCCAGAUUGCAAACAUCGUUCAUGAUGGCACUGAUAUCUGUGGUGCACCUAUGAAAUUAGGCCCCACAAAGAACUGGACUUUCCCAAACCUCAAAGCAUCUGCAGAGCCGUCUGAGGUUUAUCUUGGCGUUGGAGACGGAGUGGAGCCAGUGAGUCACAAGACUUCAUUUAAGAGGCGCAACAAGACUAGUGAUUCUGUAGCCAGCCGCGAGGGAGACCCGAGAAGUCUUCCUCAACCCGGUCAGGCACGUAGAGGCAAAAGCCGUAUUCCCGCUAACCCAGACAUGGUGAGGGACACUGGUUUGGAGUUGGUGAAAGAGAGACCUGACGACGGCCUGUCUCCAAGCCAUCCCCAGGUCCUGGAGACUCCCGAGUCCCUGAGCGAUUCCCUCUAUGACAGCCUGUCCUCGUGUGGUAGUCAAGGCUGAAGUGUUUUCAGAGGGAAUGAAUGAUAACCAGGUACAACCUUUUUGUAACCCCCAAUUCUCGUGACACUUAGAUAUUUUUCAAAGGUGGAUACUUACGGGAUAACCCUUUUUUUUUUUUUUGACCAAAAAAACCGCACGCCACAUGUCACCCACGAACUACCCACGUUUCUAUCCUGAUGGUCGGAAGAAGGACUUUUACAGUGUUUGUGGUGAUGUAAUUUUAGUCCAUUAUAUCAUCUCAUUCGUGUUCUCUGUUUGAAGUGGUAGCAAAAGUAGUGACGUUCAGCUCAUAUUAUCUUUAAACUAUGUUUCAAGGACGAAUCCAAGCUCAUCGCGACAAGUCUUCCAGUUUUUAAUCUCACAGAAUGUUCUGGUUCUCAUGCAACAUCGGUGCACACACUCUUUGGUAACAUUUGUGUAAAGUUAUUGGAAAGUGAAUGUUAAUAUAUGUGAUUUUCAAUUAAUUUAAUAUGCAUAUUUCAUGAAAAGAAAAAAACGCAUCUGUGUAAAACUGCAUCAGCCGUAGACUUUUGAUUCAUUGUGUUUAAAGAAAAAAAACCUCGUAGCAGCAACAUACAGUAAGUGCGAUCCAUAUAAGAAAGAGCUACAGUGUUCCACGGUGAAUUAUUAUUUACGUUUAUUUAUUUAUUUUCUUUGAAUAGUGUGGUUAGACAAGACCACCUUUCAUUGGUUACUCCUUUUAUGUUCUGUUCAAACAUGUUCUGUGCCUGACUUUGUGUGUACAUGUCUCGCUGUACGUCUCUAGGUUAGUUUGUUCUCCAGUUCUGGCCAUGACUUAUUUUUUGUGUUACCUUUGUUUUUGCAAAGAUUUAAAGAAACUUGUGACUCGGGAGCUUGUGACCUAAUUUUGAACUGUGUAUUGUUGGAUCACCCUGCUUACAAUCAGUGAACUUUAACAAAGCUUAAACUUAAACCCAGGAUUUUAUUAUCCCAGUUUGGCUCUGACUGACUAGACACGAGAGAAAAAUCAUCAAAUCGUUCCUUAGGAAUUUUGAAAAGGUGGCUGACGAUUUCUUCAUGUUGAUGUAAUAAUGCUGACUCUGCCUUAUGCAUCUUUCCACAGCUGUUAGAAAUUAGCCUCCUGUGGGCCAGGUUUCAUGUUGAUUACUCAGCAAAGGUUUUUUGGGGGGAAAUAUUUCCCACAAACCCAUCGUAUUUCUUCAGCCUAAAACAUUUUGGUGCAAUUCAAGUCAAUGCGCGUUGCAUGCGCUUGACGAUGCUAAUCCUGCAACAUGGAUUACAGGCAAAAAACUUUUCAAUUUCAAGUGUUUGCUCAAAAAGCCAUAGGUUAGUAGAUUAAUAGUACAACCCAAAUCCUUUCAAAUCUGUGCUGACCUCAAUAGUUUUUUUUUUUUUUUAACGAAACGACCACAACAAAAGACUAAUUAUAAACAUUCACAAGCAUAUAUGCUUUGUCAUCCAACAGUCUUUCCAGGCCUGUGUAAAAUUUUUGUAGAGAGAAAAUCCUCACUCUUAUACGCAUGUCUCAAAAUUCUUUUAUUUUUAUUUUUUUAUAAGUAGUUUGUGUUACUAUCGUAGUUCCCUAAUUUGCCUGCCGUUAUAACCUUUGUUAUUUACCUUGUUGUAAUUGUCAGGAAUAUUUUAUAUUAGUUUGGUAUGUUUACAAAAGAAUUUAUGAUGAAGUUGUUAAUAUAUCUUUAAAAUGUUUAUAUAAGGUGCUAUCUGAUUUUUGUUUUCACUCUGUCCUGCAAAAGCCAUAAAUGUGUUUUCAUAAUCUCCUU